AUGGCAAUUAGAGCGAUUGAGUCUCGCUUUGAGCAACUGUCAGUCACGGACGAGAAUGAGCCAGUCAACGGAGGCGGUACCUUCCACAAAUCAAAGGGAUCUUUCUCGACGGCAAUGUCAAUAUCUGGACUCGGCUCCACCACCCAACUGACCUCCAAUCCAAAUCGCUCGAAUCUCCUCAAGAUUGCGCUUCAAAACAACAAUGAUGCCAAUACAAAAGCAGCAACAAUUACCACGGUCAAUGUUGCCUCACAAGCUGCCCAAUGGCGCGGCUCCACCGUUCCUGCUCCUUCUUCACCACCUCGAAAGGGCGCCAGCUCUUCCUCAUCCGCACGACCCUCAGAUGAAAGCGCCAUACAACGAUUGUCUAAUCCACCAAUAUAUGAGCAACCGCAACCGAAAAAAUUCCACCUUGGGAUGUUCGAGAUUGGAAAGCCCCUGGGCAAGGGCAAAUUUGGGCGGGUAUAUCUGGCCAAAGAGCGAUCGACCGGCUUCGUGUGCGCGCUGAAGGUCCUCCACAAAAGCGAGCUGCAGCAAGGAAAGGUGGAGAAGCAAGUGAGACGAGAGAUAGAGAUCCACAGCAAUCUGCGCCAUCCCAACAUUCUCCGCUUCUACGGUCACUUCCACGACAGCAAGCGAGUUUUCCUCAUUCUUGAAUUUGCUGGCAAAGGAGAGCUGUAUAAGCAUCUGCGAAAAGAGAACAAAUUCCCCGAGUGGAAAGCAGCACAGUACAUCGCACAAAUGGCCGCAGCAUUGAAGUAUCUGCAUAAGAAGCACGUCAUGCACAGGGACAUCAAGCCAGAGAACAUCCUAGUGGGAAUCCAUGGAGAGAUCAAGAUCUCAGAUUUCGGAUGGAGUGUGCACGCCCCCAAUAAUCGAAGAAAUACCAUGUGUGGCACUCUCGACUAUCUUCCACCGGAGAUGAUCAAACCAGGAAGCCAGGAGAAUUUCUACAACGAGAAGGUGGACCUAUGGAGUUUGGGCGUCCUGACCUAUGAAUUCUUAGUGGGAGAGGCACCUUUCGAAGACACACCAGUUAUGACACAAAGACGAAUAGCCAGAGGGGAGAUGACGGUGCCAAAAUUUGUGAGCCCUGAGGCAAGGGACCUGAUUGAAAGGCUACUCGUCCUCGACCCAGAGAAGCGCAUUCCCCUUGUUGAAGUCCAGAAACAUCCCUGGAUUGUCAAGCAUUGCAUCAAAGGCGAAAGAGCAACCCAGAGAAGCUCAGCUUCAAAGGAGACAAAGUUGGCUAUACCGGCAAUCAUCCAAGCAGUCAACAGGACUGGACUGGAUGAGUAG